UACAAAACUACUCUUCGUUCAUACCAAAGUUGCAACUUCUUCUUCUCUUUCAAAUGGAUGAGAUUGUUCAACAGGAUGCGAUUGUUGCAGAGCCAAGGAAUGAAGCCAAGUCAAAAGAUGAGGGCCAACAACAGAGUCCUCGUGUUCAAGUUACUUUAUCGGUGGAACCAGAUCAUAAAGUUAGAGCAACAAUUACGGUGACUGCAACAGCCAUGAUUCCCUUGAUGAGUGAAGAACAACUAAAAAAAGAGUUAGAGAAUAUAAUGAAGUUGUUUGAGGAGGAAAAUGUGGAAACCAUUGCCUUGGUGGGGGAUGCAGGAGUAGGAAAAACAUGGAUGGCUAGAAAGAUCAAUGAUUUUAUCAUCAAUUCUGAGAGCUGCUUUUAUGGGAAUCUUUGGAUAUCUAUGAACAAAAAGCACGACAAAAGGUCCCUUUAUGAUGUCCUUGCCCAUCAGUUGUCCCUACAAGCAAGUACCGAGGAUUAUCAAGAAGGUAAUGAUGACGGAAAGAAAUCGGAAGAGUUGAUAAGCAACAUAACUAUGAAGCUUGAGGAAAGGGGAAGCAAGAAACCGGAAGUGUUGGAGAUAACUAAGAUGCUCAGGAAAAUGGAACUCAAGAAAUUGGAAGAGUUGGUACGCGAGAUACAUAAGAAGCUAAGGGGAAUGGAAAGCUAUAGGAGGGAAGUGUUGGAGAUAACUAAGAUGGUCAGGGAAAUGGAAAGCAGGAAAUCGGAUGAGUUAGAAAGGGAGAUAACUAAGAAGCUCCGGGAAAUGGAAAAGGAGAAGCUCCAGGAAUUGGGGGUAAUAGAUGAGAAAUCUGGAGGAUCAGAUAGUCUUUCUGAUGGCAAAGCAUUUUCGGGUAAUGAUGGACUGAAAGAUCAGAGCAAGCAGCCAGCUAAGAAGUUGUGGAAAACAGGGAAAGAGAAGAUCGAGGAAAUGACAACAAAAAAGAAGACCGUGGAAAUGAUUGAUGAGAAUUCUGGAGGAGGUAGAUCAUCUUCUAAAGUUGAAGUACUAUUUCUUUUAGUAAUUCUGGAUGAUAUUCGCAGUGACAGUACUUAUGAAGAGGAAACUAGGGCUGAAUUGAAAAGGUUGAUGCCAAUGGAAUCAAAAACUAGGCUCAAGUUUUUAGUCACAAGAAGGCCGGACAAAGGGAGCAAUGAGAAGAAAUCGGAGAAUGAGGAAAUGACCUUUGAGAUUAAGCCCUUGCCGGCAAAAGAGUCAGGGACUCUAUUUAUGGAACUUCUCAAAAUUGCAAUUCCCGGUCUAGAAAAUUUUGAAGCAAGUAUUAAGAAAAUUGCAGAAAAGAGCAAUGGUCUGCCAAUUGGAGUAGUCGUACUGGUAGCAGAAGCCUUAAAUCUAUCAGGAGCAGAUGAUUUAGAGCUUUCGAAAUCGGAAAAUGCUCUGAAAGAAGUAGCUAAUAAUGAAGCAGAUAAAUGCAUGACUUUGCUCCUGUGCUUUGCAAUUGACAUGUUGCAUGGAGGUGAUCAUGGGUCUUGGAGUACCCCAGGAAACGACACUUUGGUCAAUUGCUAUUGGCACAGCCGGGAAUUCGUAAGCAGACAUGGUGCAAUAGAUUACAAUGUGUUGAUAUUCAGCUGGAUAUUGGAAGGAUAUUUUGGUUCUGCUGAUCAUAUUAAGCAGACAUAUGAAGAAGGGCACCGCGUGCUAAUGAAACUAAUAGGAUGUGGGUUGCUGAAAAUGCUAGAAGAUAAUCUUGUUAUGAUGGAAGAAUUGGUUCUUCACAUUCCAGAUUGUCGUCGUGUUGGAUAUGAGCAGAGAUCAGUCCUGGGAUUGGCUCGUGUUCUUGACGAAAGCAUUUGGAAAGGAUUUGGGACACUUGCACCUUCAGAUUAUAUGAUGAAGACACCUACAAGAGGCUCAAAACAAGAUAAAUAUAUUUCCACCCUCCUCAUUCAUGGAAGUCAUCUCUGCAGGGAAGACCCAAAUUUAUACUUCAAGGAGAAGCUGGGACUCCAAAAUCUUGCCAUUUUCAAUCCCAGGUUCAAGUCAUUCCCUCCAUUAUCGUCUAAAAUGGAAGAGCUUUGUGUGUUGGUUCUCAGAGGUUGUGAUCAACUGCAAAUGAUUGAUGACAUCCAACACCUGAAAUCACUGACAGUUCUGGAGAUAUCUGAUGCUAACUUCUUAGAAAAGAUCACAGACGAUCUUUUUAAGGAAAUGACUAAUCUUCAGACCCUCAACUUUUGUGCAGUCUCCAUCAAAACGCUUCCUUCCUCUCUUUCCAACCUUAGCCAACUACGUUGGCUCAUCCUCAGGAGGUGCCCUUUUUUGGAAAGCUUGCCAAAUCUAAAAGCACUUACAAAUCUCGAGGUGCUUGAUCUUUCUGGUUCUACAUCUUUGCUAAAGAUUACAGACAAAACCUUCACCCAUCUUAAGAAAAUCCAAUUCCUUGAUUUUUCCCAUACCUCGAUUAAAAGAUUUCCAAUCCUUUGCAACCUUGGCAAGCUUGAAAAUCUCACUCGACUCUUGCUGCGCGACUGUAAGUUAACCAGAUUACCUUCCUUUAAAGCCUUACCUGCUCUUCAAUAUCUUGAUGUUUCAGCUUCUAAUAUGUUAAAGGAAAUCAAUGGAGACUUUUCUGAAAAUAAGGAUAAACUCAAGAUCCUUGAUUUGUCCAAGACUGAAAUCAAACGUUUGCCUUCCAAUUUUGGCAACUUUCCAAAUCUUGAGCUGCUUGAUCUUUCUGAUGCCUCCAAAUUGGUUGAAAUCCCAGAAAAUGCCUUCAAAAACAUGGUUUGCCUCCGUCAUCUGAACCUCUCAAACACUAAACUUGAAAGUCUACCGAAAAUCUCCAACCUUGUUAACCUUCGACAGCUCUUUCUGAAAAAUUGCCCACUACAUAAAUUGCCAACAAUGGAAGGAGUUACAAGACUUGAGGAGCUUCAUCUUUCUAAUGCUUCUAGUCUGGUUGAGAUUGAAGAUCAAUCAUUUGAUCAUAUGAGCCAUAUCCGUCAUCUUGAUUUCUCACAUACCAAAAUUAAAACUCUUCCAUCACUGGCCAACCUCAAUAACCUUCAUUCUCUCAACCUUUCAGGAACAGGACUUACAUUACCUUCCAUUUCAGAUCUCACCAACCUCACUCAACUUUCACUUCGAGGUUGUUCAGUCCCAGAUCAAUCAGAGCCAAGUUUCGAAAAACAUAGAAAUCUCGAAGUUUUGGAUCUGUCGGAGACAGGAAUCACGUCUCUACCAACAUUGAAAAAUCUUACCAGUCUCCGGGAGCUCAAGUUAAGAGGUUGUUCGAAGUUGGAGCAGCUUCAACAUUUGGAAUUGCUUGCUCAUUUAGAGGUUCUUGAUUUGUGGGAGACGGGAAUCAAAAAGUUUCCCAACGAGAUCUAUAAGUUGAGUCUUUUAAAGCACCUGGAUCUGCCAAAGGGUAUUCAAGAAUUUGACUUGCAGAAGAUGGAGCGCCUGCCAGAGGUGCUAAACUGGAAUGAAUGCUGCAGCUUAGAGAAAUGGCAAAACAUGACUUGCAAAUCGGUUACAGUUACGAAGUUUGUCAAAGAUUUGGAGGAAAAACCUGGGUUAUGGGAACAAGAGUUCAAAGAAUUUCACUUUUCUGUUUGCCCUGAGCAAGGCAGACCUGGAGACAUCCAUUGGCACAAAGUAAAUGCUUUCUUCAGAAGAAUCUACUUCAAAACUCUAUCUUUCGAUUCUUUCCGUGAUCAGGUGUGUCGCUUUCGCCAGUACUUGGAAAUUGUUGGGUUUGAUUCUUUUCCUGCUGGGGUUGAGGAUGCUCUCAAGAAAGCAUCUUAUGUAUCUUUGAUUGGAAAUAAGUUCAUUACACGAUUAUCAGAUCUUGGUGUGGAAAAUGUGGAUGCAAUGAAAGGUUGUUGGCUACAGAGGUGCACGGAAAUGGAGAAAAUAUCUUUGGGAGAAGAAACAGAAGCCAAAAUGGAGGGAAAUCUAGAGAUUUUGUGGGCAUCAAACCUUCCCAAAUUGAAGCAUGUACGCAGCGGGAUACAGCCAGAAGGCGGGGGCUUUAAAAAUCUUACAGAAAUGUAUCUAGAUUGUUGCCCAUUGAUUAAAUAUGUCUUUCAUUCAUUCCAAUUCCCGGAAAAGCUAAGGAUCCUCCAGAUCAAAUUCUGUGAGGAUUUAGAAAGGCUGUUUGAGCCGAAUGUCUUGGAUGCUGAUAAAAAAUGGAGUUCGAGUUUACAGAAACUGCAUCUGGUGGAACUGCCCAAGUUGACAGGGAUGGGGGUGCCAAAGUUGAAGAAGAUUCGUGAUGUAUUUCCAUCGCUGCUAGCAUUCAGAGUCAAGGAAUGCCCAAUGUUGGAGAUCACGUCGGAACAAAUAAAGGAGGCAGGUGGACAUGUUGAAAAUAGUAACAACGUUGAAGAACAUUGGUACGAGGAAACUCCAACUAGGUCCGUUUAUGGGCAAUGUUCUUCUUAAUUAAUUGCUACUUCUGGCUAUAUUAUGGAUUGAAAGAAUUACAGAAGAUU